AACCACUUCAAAAUAUUCAAAAUAAAUUACCCCGUUUACACUAGCCCAGAAGUGAUUUAAACUACUUAAGCUACUUAGUAAAGUAACUGGUUAAAGUUGUGUUUACACUAAACAAACAAAACUAGGUAGAUAAGAUAAAAGAGCAGUUGGUUUUAAGGGUGUAGUUUCAGUACAAGCAAAAAUUAUGGUGAAUCCAGCUGUUCUGUUAGUUCUAUACUUGUUUUACUUGUAUACAAAAAGAAGAAGCAGCUAUCAACUGAGGCUACAAAAGUUUCAAGAAGCUCAAAGAAGACAAAGCAUUAUUUUUCAUGCUGUAUUACUUUUGAUGCAUAGAUGUCGUCGCUACAUGAUUAAAAGGAGCAUAUGGGUGAGAGCACGAAGUGGAGAUUGGUGGAACAGUAUUGUUAGAUGUACGUUCAAUGAUGAUGAUUGGAGAGAAAAUUUUAGAGUUAGUAAGUCAACAUUUGCAGUUCUGUGUAACUGUCUGAGGAAUGAUAUUGCCAAAAGUAAUACUAAACUUAGAAAAGCUAUUCCAACUGAGAAAAGAGUUGCUAUUACACUCUGGAAACUUGCAACCAAUUGUGAAUAUAGAACAAUUGGGCAUCUAUUUGGAGUUGCUCGUGGAACAGCAUGUGUGAUAGUGAAUGAUGUCUGUAAAGCUAUCGUCAAAAAUUUAUUUUCCAAAUAUAUUAGGCUGCCUAAAGGUGAAAGGCUUUCUGACAUAGUUAAAAAUUUUGAAAAAAAGUGGGGCUAUCCACAAUGUUUUGGGGCAAUUGACGGAACACAUUUACCCAUUAUUGCACCAAGUGAAUGUGCAAAAAAUUACUAUAAUAGGAAAGGUUUUCAUUCUAUCCUGAUGCAGGGGCUUGUUGACUGUAAUUAUUGUUUUACUGAUAUAUAUAUUGGCUGGCCGGGAUCAGUUCAUGAUGCCAGAGUCUUUAGCCAUUCAAAGUUGUUUACCUUAGGUCAAACUGGACAAUUGGUCCUAAAAAAUCAAAGCCGAGUGAUACAUAAUGUUGUUGUACCAUUACAUAUUGUUGCUGAUCCUGCUUAUCCAUUGUUGACUUGGGUAAUGAAGCCAUUUAGUGACAAUGGAAAGCUUUCAGCAGAUCAGAUUAAUUUUAACUACCAUCUUAGCAAGGCUCGUGUGGUUACUGAAAAUGCUUUUGGGAGAAUGAAAGGUCGAUGGAGGUGCUUAAUGAAAAGAUAUGUCGCAAGUAACCAAGAGCUCAGGGUUGAGGUGAUAGAGUCUUCUCCAUCAAAAUUAAAUGUGUCAAUCACCUUUAAUCUGACACUACACAUUUUGGACACUAAUAUUACAUGUUCAUCAUUCCGCAAUGAUGGACAAUAUGAAGUGUGUCCCAUUUCCUAUCCCAGACCGCAUCUAAACCCUCACGCUAAGGUAUUGUGCAAGAGUAAUGAGAAGAAUGAAGAUGGUUGUUUUUUGACAAGUUUGUCAUGGAACUGCUCAAGAAAUGGACUGCCUUUAAAUAAAAUAGAGAUCUCGUUUGGCAGUGAAGAAAAAGUUAGUGUCCCAGGAGAUACCUGCUCAUAUAACUCUACAAGGAAUGGGACAGAAUCUUUUCUUAAUGUAACCUUAAUUGGUCACUAUGUCACUAACUAUUCUACAAUAGUCACAACUGUCAUAGACUUGCAGUCCCCGUAUCAGAUAUCAAGGAAUCAGAGUGAUGAUGAUGGUAGCACUGCUUUUACAUUUGAUGUGGCUCAAGAUCAGAAAACAGUGUUACUACUCAGUCUUGUACGGUCGGAUAACUUGACCGUUGAAAAGGAGGCUAUUGCUCCACUUUUAAUAAGAAUACCUAGGACCGUCAACAUAAGCUACAACAUUGGAACACUCCUGGUUACUGAUAAAAUUUCUGUUUUUUAUGAGGAAUAUGGCACCUAUGAUCAGCCGUGUUUAGAAUGCAGCCAUAGUACCAAUGCUUCAGGGACUUCAACAAUUCAAUAUCAGUUGAUUAUUCUCAUUCUUUUGGCUUGCUUAACAGUACUGUGCCUUAUAGUAAGCUCAUUAGUCUGACUGUUUUAUUAUCAUUGUAUGUUUUAAUACAAUUUCAUAGCCUGAUUCACUUGGCUAUUAUUAUUUUAUUUUUGUUUGAUCUCUGGUUACAUAUAUCCAUAUUAAAGGGGAGGAGUACUAUACUCUACCCAUUAAUCUUAA